UCGCCGGAUUCUGACGGCAGUGAACACCGGAGCUUCGAGCCUGUCGCUCCUCGGUUCUGGCUUCAUAGUCCUUUGCUAUGUACUCUUCAAGGAGCUCCGCAAAUUCUCCUUCAAGCUCGUCUUCUUCCUUGCUCUCUCCGGAUGCGAAAUUGGAAGGAAAGGAAUGUGGAAUCAUUUCCUUAAGUUGAACUAGAAUGACGAAUGAAGGACGGAAAGAUAAUGUUGCCUGAUCUUGUCAUCGUACAAUCACAUAUCAGGAGGAGGAAGUUGUUUGAAUUAGCAUGAAUGUUAUUUUUAAAAAAAAAGAAAAAAAAAAAAGUUGGGGAGGAGAACUCUUCCCUUCCUCCUUUUCACUCACUUUUGGGAGGGAAAAUAUGAUGGACUUGGAGGGAAUGGCCCUUUUUGAACACCCUACCCUUUUUCCUUUCCUUCUUUUCCUUCCCUUCUUUUCCUUCCUCUCGGCUCUCACGCUUCUCCUUACCUGAUAGACCAUUAUGCUGUCCAACAACCACUUGCCCCCAAGCUUAAGUUUUUUUGGGAUGGGUUACUAUCAUUCUUUUUGUAACCCUCUUUUAAUUUAAAAAAUAGUGUCGGAUUUUCCAUAAUAAGUUAAUUAAGUGGGCCUCUUUGUGUUGCUUUUAAUGCUUAUAGGGUAUUCAAGGCAAGUUCGUAAGCAUGGAUUUGAAUUCAUUUUAUGCAAAAAUAAUGUCAUAGAUGUUUCCACUUGGCACAUAGAUAUAGUAAGAAAAGAUUGGAUGGGAAGAAGUUUGCCAUAUUUUCAAGGACAUGCUUUGCAGUUUUUUCAGCAUUGUUGGGGAUCCAUCUAAAGGAUUUUUUUGUGAUACUCGGGGCUAUAGCACACAUUUCUUCUGUGUGGCAUCUUUUCUAUGGACUACUACAAUUGCUUUCACUCUUCAUCGCACAGUUGUGAGACACAAAACAGAUGUUGAAGAUUUGGAGCCCAUGUUUCAUUUGUAUGUUUGGGGAACUUCACUUGUUUUGACAGUCAUACGCUCCAUUGGUAACGACCACAGGCAUUUUGGCGGUUUGGGUGCAUGGUGUUGGUCGCAAACAGGACGCACAGGAAAGGUGGUUCACUUUAUAACAUUUUAUGCACCACUCUGGGGUGCAAUUCUGUUCAACGGUGUCACUUACUUUCAAGUGAUUCGCAUGCUAAACAACGCAACCCGUAUGGCAGUAGGCAUGUCAGACCGUGCAUACCAACCAGAUGCUCGUGCAGACAUGAAGGCUUUAAACCGGUGGGGUUACUACCCACUCAUUUUGAUAGGAUCAUGGGCUUUUGGCACGAUCAACCGCAUUCAUGAUUUUAUUGAACCAGACCACAAAAUCUUAUGGCUUUCCGUUCUUGAUGUUGGAACAGCUGCACUUAUGGGCCUGUUCAACUCAAUAGCAUAUGGACUUAACUCUUCAGUACGGAGAGCAAUUUAUGAAAGAUUGGAUCUGUUACCAGAAAGUUUUCGUAGAUGGUUGCCAACUAAUUUGAAGUACAGAGGUCAAUGGCAAGAGAGUGAACUGGUGUCGUUAAAAAUUCAAGACCAGCAAUAGCAAUUAGGACAUUGUUCUUUAUACUUCACCUGCAAGAGGUUACUCCUAAAUUUCUCAACAUCAGUAAAUUACAAAUUGAGUGAAGGAUUAAAAUUGAAACAGGAGGAAUACAAUUGUCAUUGCUUCAUGCCAGUGUUUCAGAUUCCCUCACUGCCUCACAGCAAGUAAGCCCUUUUGAUUCACAUCAUUCUAGUGGCCUGUUUGGUCCUCUUCUUGGUUCUUUGUUGUAAAAUACCAUUGACUUCAUGUUAGUGAGACUAAUUUGAAUUGUUUCUCUAGAAUAGUUUGUUGAUGGGCUAUUUUGAAUUGAAUCUCUAACAGAAAUUAUAGUUUCGCAAAAGCAAAGGGAACCCAGCGAUGAUCAUGGCGAUGUAAGAAGUACUUUUUUAUUUAGCAAAAGCUGAAAAUCUCCCUUUUUUUGUUUUGGUUAUACAAACUCAUUUAGUGAUUUUAUUUAGUGGUGUAGAUUCAAAUUUUAAUAUUGUCCUGAUUUUUUAGUGUUUUGUUACUUUAUUUUUGAUUCCUUAAUCAUUUGUUAAUAGAAUAAUAUUCAAUUUUUUUUCCCUUUUA